UCUAAUAUAUAUUGUUUCAUUGGAUUGUGUCCAAACCCUGCACUUUGUGCUUAUGCAUAAAUAUAUACACGCUUUUUUUUUGGACGAGAGACAGGUUACACAUCGUAACUAAAAUAUUAAAAAUAUGUCGGUCCACUCUAACCUUGACCGGCCAGGCAGGUUUUGUUGCUGGUGGUUUGGUCUUAUCCGUUUCAUAAAUAGUUGGUAACUGUGAAAAUUCUACGGUCUAGUAUUUCUAUUUGUAGUCGACGGUGAUUUUUAAAAAUCCAGCAAAUUAUUAGAAUGGUGACCAAGUAGAUGUAGGAGACUUUCACUGCAAUCUCAUUGUCCUCAUACCUUCCAUUGAUGUCUAGCUUCCGCCAACGAACCUCCCAAGUCCAGGCUCCCAGCCAAAACCUUUUUUUUUGCCAAGUAAAAACAUAGAGGAUUAACUGGUGACUUAGUUCGACUUUUUAACCAUUGCUUGCCUAAUCAAGCACAUAGUCCAAAUUGCUAGUCAUAAACGCGUACGAAAAAAUAUCACACCGCUGCUCUAGUCGUUCUUGACUAUUUGUUAAUUAAAACAUAUUCGUCUGUUCUCCAAAUGUCAAUUCAAAGAAAAUAAAAAUAUAAACUAAUGUCUGUUAUCAUUAAAUUUUAUACUGUCGCAAAAAAAAAAAAGUACAUAAUUUAACACAAAUGGCCUGUUGCGUCAUUCAAUCUAGCUAUGGAAUUGCCACAAAUCGACGCGUAGUCCAUCCUCAACCGCAAAACUUAACUUUUAAACGUCGGACUAAAGGUUUAACCAACUGUAAACAGACCACACAAAAAUCAAUCGAGGUUGAGUAAAUAAUUGAUGAACAAAAUAUUAAUUGAUGAUCUUAUUAAUAAUAUGUUACGAUACAAUUAUAAAGACUCAAAAAGUAUUAUCAUUUAUCAGAGCUCUUCCAGGUGCUCUCAGGAAAUAAGAGAAUACAUAAAUAUUUGCCUACAAUUUUGAUAUGAAGAAAUUUGAGUCUCUUUUGAUAAAAAAAGGUGCGUUUUUCUUGUGUUUUUUAACACUAAUUUAUUAAAAUAUUAAAAUUAUUAAAAAGAUUACAUAAACGAUUCGAUGACCGACAAUAUUACCUGAUUUAAGAAGAUUUACGUAUAACUGCAUUACUUGAGUCUUUAUUUGAAAAUUCAUGUCUGACCAAAUUUAUUUGCAGCAUGUUAAAAAUUUCUUGUAAAUCAUUUUUCAGUAGAUUGCAUAAUUGUUUAAUAAAUCGAUUUCUCUUCUCUGAGAAUGAUUUGUUAAACCACAUAAAAAUCAAUUUGGAGGUGCUCUGGUAAUACUUUUUGAGUCUUUACAAUUGUAUCAUAACAUAUUAUUAAUAAGAUCAUCAAUAAAUAUUUUGUUCAUCAAUUAUUUACUCAACCUCGAUUCUCGAUUGAUUGCUCUCCGUAAAUAAGAGAAUACAUAAAUAUUUAGACUACAAUUUUGAUACGAAGAAAGUUGGGUCUCUUUUGAUAAAAGAAAAAAUGUGUCUUUCUUAUGUUUUUUAACGCUGAUUUAUUAAAAUAUUAUAAUUAUUAAAAAUAUUAUGUAGAAGAUUCGACAACUGACAAUACUAUCUGCUUUAUAAAGAUUUACGCUUAACGUCUGAUCGAAUUUAUUUGCACCAUGUUAAAAAUCUCUUUUAAGUCAUUCUUUGUAGUCUGCAUAAUUGUUUAAUAAAUUAUUUUUUUUAAAAAAUUGAAAUUUUGGUUUGUUGGUGUAGAAGCAUUAAUAAAUUAUCAGUUAAAAAUCCUUGACUCAAAGGGUUUCCACAGGAAAAAUUAAUUUUUCUUCUGUUUCACAUUGGUCUUCUUUUUGUAAAUGAUGAAGAGCAAUCUUUACCGUAUUAAAUGUCCUUAAAAUUAUAUUUAAUGCUUUGAUUUCUUCUCCGUUCUAGUUUGACUGUAUCAGUUCGGUGUUGACUAUCUUUCUAAUUUUGGAUGAUCUUUCAAUUUUUUAGUAAAUCAUUCUUUGUGUCAAGAGUAUUAUAACACUGGAAUAUCAGAUUCUUACACUGAGUUUGAAGUGGAUGAAACCCGCCUCUAAAAAUUCCCACCUCCACCAACAUAUUAGUUUUUUUUUUUUUUUUUUUUUUUGAUUAACCUGGGGGUAUCCCAUGCCCAUGGAAAGGCCCAGACUAAUCCCCAAGGGGAGGUGCAGCCCACGAAUAGACCCUCUCUCCGGGUAUUCAAAUGGGCCCUAAAACAUGGCCCCAUAUCCGUGUUGGGUGACCAUGAUAAUUGUGACUUAGUUUCGUGCAGCAGGUGGAUCGAACCUGAAACAUGUUGGUGUCUCAGCCCCGUCUCCUUACCACUCGACCACAAUCACCCGGUCCACCAACAUAUUAGUUACUACGUUGGUCGUAUAUGAUUAAUUUCGAUAUCAAUCCAGGAAUUUGUUUAUUGCCUUUGAUAUAUGAAUGGUGUUUAAUCAUGAUUUUUGUUUAAUUUUAGAUUUUUUUUUGUUUUUCUAAGUUUGUAAGUUUUCACAUCCAAAGUAAAAUUAAAACUUAUAAAUUAUUUGGUUUGGAUUAGAUUUUGAUUUAAAUUUAAUAUAAAAACUACUUUCAGUUUUCAUAAAACCUUAAAUUUUAGAUGAUUUGUUUUAGGAUCGCCUAUAUAAUAAAUGGUUUAGUUUUUGUAUAUGUUAAUUUGAUUGGAUUCCCUUGAAUUUAUUUGGUUUGUUUAUCUGAAUUAUAUUUAUUUUAUUUUUUUGGGAGAUUUGAAUUUUAACUUUGUAAGCAAGCUUAAAAUAAAUAACCUUUCUAAAAACAUAAAAUAAACUUCAAAGGAGAAACAUUCCAAGUUUUUGGGAUGUCAGAUUUUUGACCAGGAGUUUAGGAUGUCAUCAUAUUUCAGGUUUGAUCUACCUGCCAUGCGAAACUAAGUUGUAUUUUCCUGGUUAUUUUAUACGGAUAUGUGCUAUUAUUUUUCGAUCAAUUUGACAUCCGAGAACAAAUUUAUUUAUAAACUGUACUUCUUAUCAGAAAUUAGGUAUGUAUCUUUAACAGACCAAUGUUUAACUCUUCUAUUUAAAAAAAAAAUUUCAAAAGAGAAACGGGGGAGGGGGCUUCCUUCACUAUAAUUUAUACCGUUGAAUCGUUUGACACGUCAAGUCACAUCGGAUCUCCAAUUAGCUUUUGUCUCAAGAGAUUUUUUAGUUUUAAAGCAUUUCUCACGCCCAGCAAAUCCUCCAUCGUAUUAUAGUUCUCCAUUGACGCAAUUAGUAAUAAGAAUCAGUUCAAAAAAUUAAAAUAAUAAAAUAUAACACAUUUCUGGCGGUAUUUGUUUUUGGAAAAAGCCAGGAACUGCUAAUGGAUGAGAAUAUAAUUCAUGUUUGAAAUAGUCCAGAAUUUUUUUUUUCAUUUUUAAAUAAGUAAAUAAAAUUUAUUUAAUGAUAUUUGUAUUUUGUACUAAUAUUUUAAAAACACUUUUUCAAAAAUAUUAGACUAUAUAUCUAAUAGAUUUUGCCUUGAAUAUAUGUGCUCAUGUGUUCAUUAUUAUUAGCAUUUAGCAGUGCUUUGAUUGGUAGAAAAAUACUACCGUAGAAUUGGACAAUGAUAUUUUUUAAUAAGGAAAAAAUAUUUAAUCAUUUUCAAACAACAAAAUUGGAAAAAAGUUGGAUUUUUUUUUUAAAAAAUAGACAAUUACUUUUAAAAAAUAAUUUUAUAUAUUUUAAGAAAUCUAUUUACCAAAAAGUUUAAUUAGAUGAAAAUUAUUUUUUGGGAAAACAAAGACAAAAACUAUUCCAAAACCGAGAAACAAUCAACCUAAAUCCAGAAAGUUAUAUUUAUAGACGUGUAUAAUAUAUACGACGAUUUUACAAGACACAUAUGACUGGUUAAAUUUUUUAGAGUUUACUUUAGUGAGAGUUGUAAGACUGAAAAAACAUCUAUAAUGAUAUUAAAAGUUAGUCUGUUUAGAUCAGUUUUGUUAUUGUUUUGUGAUAUACUUAAUUUAUAGCUUUUUCUCCCGGAUUAUCGUGGAAUAUACUUUUAGUAUAUAUAUAGAGAGAGCAAACGUUUGUUUUAUUUCAGAAUUCAGACUAACCAACUUAAUUGAAAACUUUGCCAUUUUCUAUUACGUCCACUUACGUGUAUUCCAUUAUUGUUCUCCUUUUUUCUUGAUAAUUUAAUAACACUGCUCACUUUUUAAACCAAAGCUGCAAACAAUAGCACAACUUGUAGAAUGCAUGUAAACAAUACACCCACAUAUGUGUUUCCAUGCAUGUGCAGUUUUAUCGUAGUUAAGUGUGCAUAAAUUUAAAAUCAACAUAUUUUACAUAAAAUAUAAAUAUUUGAAACCUAAUAUAUAAAACUUUUAGUAAGAAUCCCUCGUUCUGGUUUGAAGAAAGCCCUCAAUUGAUAAAAAGGCAUAAAUGAGAAAAACAGUAUAGGGAAGGCAAAGCUAAACAGCUGCAAAAUUUAAAACAUAAACUUCAAAACUAAACCAUAUUUCCUCUUACGAAAUAAAAAACGUGGAAAAAAAACAAACAAGCAAAGAAAAGUAUUCUUCAACUUGGCUGGCUUCAUGUGUAGUGUAUUUAUAUUCCCUUAAACCCUUUCUUAAAACCCAAAAGCUUAACAAUCUCUCCCUCCUCUCUUUCUUUCUCAACAUGACAUCAAGAACAGUCGCGAGACUUCCUAAUCUCAUUAAUGUUUUUCUCCUGCUUUCUCUCGUUCUCUCAGGAAAUAUACUACAGAAAGCAACGUCUCUUGGUAUCAAUUACGGACAAGUUGGGAACAAUUUGCCUUCACCGGAUAAAGUUAUUAAUCUCUUGAGAUCUCUAAGGAUCACCAAAACAAGAAUUUACGACACUAAUCCUCAAAUUCUUACUUCCUUCGCAAAUUCAAACAUAGAGAUCAUCGUCACCAUCGAAAAUCAAGUUUUAACGUUGUUACAAGAUCCUCAACAAGCUCUCCAAUGGGUGGAUUCUCACAUCAAACCCUAUAUUCCGGCCACAAGGAUCACCGGAAUCAUGGUCGGAAACGAGCUUUUCACCGACGAAGACUCUAGUUUAAUCGGAUACAUGAUGCCGGCGAUAAUUAACAUCCACAAAGCCUUGGUCCAAUUAGGUUUAGAUAGAUACAUUGAAGUCUCGUCUCCAAGCUCUCUUGCCGUCCUAGCCGAAUCUUAUCCUCCAUCAGCCGGAAGUUUCAAACCAGAGGUCUCCUCGGUGAUGCAACAACUUCUACAAUUCUUGGAAGCCACGAGAUCUCCUUUUUGGAUAAAUGCUUACCCUUACUUUGCCUAUAAAGACAACCCAAACAAAAUCCCCAUCGACUAUGUCCUAUUCAACCGAAACAUCGGUAUGACCGAUCCCAACACAAGACUACAUUACGACAACAUGAUGUAUGCUCAAGUCGAUGCGGUUGCUUUCGCUGCUGCGAAACUAGGGUACCGUAACAUAGAAGUUAGGGUUGCGGAAACAGGGUGGCCUUCAAAAGGAGAUGCUGGAGAGGUUGGAGCGUCUCCUACGAAUGCUGCCACUUAUAAUAGGAAUCUUAUGAUGAGACAAUUCGCCGGCGAAGGUACUCCGGCGAGACGGAAUUCAAGGUUAGAUGUUUAUAUAUUCGCCUUGUUCAAUGAGGAUAUGAAACCGGGUCCUACUUCUGAGAAAAAUUAUGGAAUAUUUCGACCCGAUGGAUCAUUGGCUUACAAUUUGGGAUUUUCUACAAUGUCGACUACCACUGCGAAUUCAGAAUCUGUCGCAUAUUCAUCUUAUGCCACUAAGGCAAAGAUGACCUUGGAGUAUUGGACAAUUUUGAUGUUGGCGAUGAUUCAAGUUGUAGUGUCGAGACUAUCUUAGAGGGAAAGUUGUCGAGACUAUAUAAUGACGUGAUUGGUUAGGAUAUUUUUCUAAACAAUUUAAUUAUUGAAGUUCGAUAAAUACAAAUUUCAUAUUCAUUUCGAUAUUCCAAUCAACUCGGUGGAUAAUUAAAUUAUA